AUGUCUGGCGGUCCGGCUUCGUCUGCCACCACUGAAACCACCGCGACCCAAAAAGUCGCGGUCGACGCGCGCGGAAACGUGUUCCGCGUGCCAGACUACACCAUCAAAGACAUCCUUAGCGCGAUCCCAAAGGACUGCUACAAGCGCAGUUUGGCGCGGUCCGUGUCGUACGUUGUGCGCGACGUCGCCGGGAUCCUCGUCACCAUGUACGUGACGCGCCACUGGGUCUCGCCGGCGCUGCCCCCAGACUGGCGCGCAGCGCGGUUCGCCAUGUGGGCGGUGCACAGCUACGUCAUCGGGCUGUUCUCGACGGGGCUCUGGGUGCUCGCGCACGAGUGCGGCCACCAGGCGUUUUCGGACCACGGCGGCGUCAACGACUUCCUCGGCUGGCUGCUGCACUCGUACCUGCUCGUUCCUUAUUUCUCGUGGAAGUACUCGCAUUCCAAGCACCACAAAAGCACCGGCCACAUCGGCCGGGACAUGGUGUUUUUGCCGCCCACCAAGGAAGAGUUCUGGGCGCAACGCGGCUGGCGUGCAGACCUGGACGAGAUCACGGCGGACUCGCCCGUUCGCACGCUCGCGGAGCUCGUGUUCCAGCAGCUGGGCGGCUGGAUCGCGCAUUUGUUCACCAACGUGACGGGCCAGCGCUACGAGGGCGCGCCGCGCUGGAAAGUCAACCACUUCUGGCCGUCGGGGCCGCUGUUCGAGAAGCGGGAUUUCGCGUACGUCGUACUGAGUGACCUCGGAGUUAUCGCGCAGUGCCUGGUGCUGCGGCUGUGGUACCGGAAGCUGGGCGGGUUCAGUCUGGCGGUGGACUGGUUUUUGCCGUACCUGUGGGUCAACCACUGGCUGGUGUUCAUCACGUAUCUGCAGCACACGGACCACACGCUUCCGCACUACGACAGCAGCGAGUGGACGUUUGCGAAGGGCGCGGCGUCGACGAUCGACCGCAAGCUGUGGUUCGUGGGCCCGCACAUCUUCCACGACAUCAUCGAGACGCACGUGCUGCACCACUACUGCAGCCGGGUGCCGUUCUACCACGCGCGGCGCGCGUCUGCGGCGAUCCAGCGCGUGAUGGGCGCGCACUACCGGCGCUGCGACGACAACAUGUGGAAGUCGCUGUGGACGGUGGCGCGCGGGUGCCAGUACGUGGAGGGCGACGACGGGGUGCUGAUGUUCCGGAACGUGAACGGGCAGGGCGUCGGGACGGGCCAGAAGCUCGCGUAG